AUGCAAGCCAUUUAUGCCUCAAGUGACCAGAGCCAGUUCUUGUUGCAAUUCAAGAAAAGCAUUGAUAUAGACAACACAGCUUCUUCAGGCUGUGAUUCCAAUGGUGUGCCUUCUUAUCGGGGGACGAAAUCUUGGAACAGAAGCACAGAUUGCUGUAGGUGGGAUGGAGUAACAUGUAAUGAGCUAAGUGGUGAAGUUAUUGGCCUGGAUCUUAGCUGCAGCCAGCUUCAUGGGGUAAUCAAUUCCAACAGCAGCCUCUUUCAGCUUUCUCACCUCAAAUGGCUCAACCUUGCUUGCAAUGAUUUCUCUUCUUCACUGAUUUCCAGUGUAGAUUUUGCUUCAGUAAUUCCAAGUAACGUGUCAGCUUCACUAACAAUUCUGAACCUUGGUAGCACAAAUUUGUAUGGCAAAUGCCCAGCUGACAUUUUCCAACUACCAAACUUGGUAAGAGUUGAAUUGACUAACAAACGUGACCUUUAUGGUUACUUGUCAGAUGUGAAAUGGAACACCACCACCAGCACGCUGAGUUAUCUAGCUCUUUCUGAAAGCGACCUUGAAUCCAAUCAACUUACUGGCCAACUCUAUGAUUUCCAGUAUCAGUCAAUACAGAGAAUUUAUCUGAGUGGAAAUAAGCUGGAUGGUCCUGUUCCAAAAUCAGUUUCAAAACUUGUAAAUCUAGCACUGCUUGAUCUGUCAUCAAACAAUUUCGGCGGUGUUGUGCAGGCUAGCAUGUUUUCAAACUGCAACCAGCUUCAAACUUUUGAUCUUUCUAACAAUAACAUUUUGCUGAUCACUGAUGGUGUUAAUUCUACCUUGCCUCAAUCUGUUGCAUUUCUGUUUUUGUCCUCUUGUGGAAUCAAAGAUUUGGAUUUCUUAGUGCCUGCAAAUAACCUAUAUAAGCUAGAUCCUUCAGAGAAUUUGCUCCAUGGUGAUAUAUUUUCAGAUAAAAAAGGGUAUAACUGGAGUCAGCGUUUGUUCUAUUUGAAUCUCUCCUACAACUCUCUAAUUGAUCUGAGCCAAAUUCCACUCCCAAAUCUGCUUUAUCUAGAUCUUAGUUCAUGUUUGUUGCAAGGGCCUGUGGUUAUUCCACCUGCCAGCGUACAGGUCUUCAUGAUUCCAGAUAACUAUCUUACUGGAGAAUCCCAUCAUCAAUAUGCAAAUUAA